UCGUCAUUAGCCAUUGCCGUGGAAAGUCCGUUCGGUUUGUGUAGUGCUCGGAAAAAAAGUGAAAAUUAGUUCAAAACCUAUCAUAAAUCUGAAAAAAUCGUGAAAACGUUGAAUCUAGACUAAAAACACACCGACGAUCAGCAGCAUCACGAUCAUCACAAUGGCCCAACCAGCUGCUGGUGAAUUCGAUACCAGCACGCCGGACGAGAAUCUGUUCAUUAAUCCGACCGAUGGUCUGCCGAACGAACAUCCGGCGCUGCCGAGUGCGUACGAUUCGGACAACGAAACAAGCGCGGUGGACGACGAUCUGUUGGUUGACCUACCGACGUCGAUCAUCGUUACCAACAUCCACUCGGAGGUGUUUGCCAGCGAGGAACUGAAGCAACGACUGGAGGAGUUGUUUAAAAGUUUUUCCGAAAACACCACCUUCCAGUGGCUGAAAAGUUUCCGCCGGUUACGGGUCAACUAUGACACGGCAAUCGCUGCUGCGAACGCUCGCAUCCAGUUGCACCAGUAUCCGUUUGGGAAGUCCGUCAUCACGUGCUACCUGGCCCAACCGGUGACACCGGUUUCCAACACCAAUCUGAAACCACCGGCACCGGUAAAGCAGUUCCUUAUUUCACCGCCCGCGUCUCCACCGGCUGGGUGGGAACCGGCCCAGGAAAACGAACCACUGGUCAAUCAUGAUCUGCUAGCGGCUCUGGCAAGCUUGACUCCCGGUGAGAUACACGAACUUCAUGCUCAAUCGGACAAGCAUCCGGGCAUCUACGUUCACACGGCCCAGGUUGGCGGACAGGACGACGAGCUGAACAACCGUUCCUCCACCGGCAGUAGUUUCGAGGAGGACGACGAUGGGAAUACGGUUCCACGGAAGGGUCGCAUCGUGCAGACACGUUGCCCGGAGCGACAGAAUUCGUUUUAAACGGUGGGGGGAAGGGAAUGUAGUGGAGGAGCUGUACCGGAGGUUUUGGUUUUGUUUUUUUUAGAUAAGCUGUAUGUUUAGCGAAAAAUUGUUUUGUUUAUUGUUCCGUAUGCUGCUACGUGCCGUCAGUUAGGUUCUGAAGAUAGGUCCAAUAAUUAGUCUUGGUAGCUUUGGUCGUCGAUUUUUAUUAUGGCUUCAGAAGUAGAUUUUUUAUUCCAAAUGAUGCUGAAAAACGUAUGUGUGUAAAUAAUUGUGUAAAUAAAUUGAAUACAGUUGGCUUCUGUUCGUAUACAUAUUUGCAGAGUUAGUAGAGCAUUUAGAAUGUUUUAUAUGUUUUAUACACAUUCUUUUAGUUGUGUAAUUUAUGCGGCUAAACAGCCCACUAAGUCACAAUAAAUAAUCAUUACGUUCAUUACGAACACACUAAUAUUUAGAUUUUCAAUAAACCUGUAACAAUGAAGGCCAAUUUAAAUUACGCAUAGUUCAUGGUGGAAAUGGUGGGGAAGUGAAAGGUUCCGGAGGCGUGGAUAUUAAGCUAAACAAUUUUUUAUUUGUUAAUCUUCGAGUACAUUACUAUCUUGUUUAAUGACAGAAAACAAAGAGUGUGUGCAAGCUUGUCAAGAAAUUUUUGUUUGUUUGAAUACUUCAUUCAUUUUAGUUUCUUUCUUACCGUAGAUUUGUUCAAUUAAAAGUAAGAAAAUAUCAAACACUUUUUUGAGAUCAAUUAAUUGGUUAUUAAAAGGACCGAAUUGCUUUCAUGGAAGAUCUUGCAUUACAUCGAUUUCUUUUCGCAACUUUCUGAGAGUUGUUAAAAUAUUAAGCACCUAGAACAAAGUAUCUAUGCAAAUUUUAACCUAAAUCAUACAUUGACCGCCGCUCAGGUCAAAGUUUGAAGAGCUUCUAAAAAUCACUUAAGGUAAAAGGUAUGAAAUUUUUUAUUCCUGACGUCUUAUAAAGGCACGAAACGUCAAGAUCUUGUACUAUAUAAAAAAAUGAAAAAAUCGGCUGUGCCGGAAAAUGUUCGAAUAGUAUUUUUUUUUUCAAUUGUUAUAAAGACACACUGCUUUAACUUUUUGUAGAGGGAUUUUUUCAGGUGAUGAAUGUCUUACACGGAAUGAGAAUUGAAAAGGCUUCAACUUUUUUUUUAUGCGGAUGAUACGCAGUGCACAAAAAGUCGUAUAAAAAACCGCAUCAGUUCGAAAACUCGCGCUUAAGACACCCCGGAAAAUUCCGCAAAUCUAAAUAAAAUUGUUCUGGUAACAGACGUCUUGAAAUUCAUGAAACAUCGAGAUCUGAUUGAUUUUGAAUAUCAAUUAAGAAUAUUUGAGAUUUCCAAAAUCAAUUUUUUUAAUACCAAAUGAUUUGGAAAUGCAUGAAACCUCGAGUGUUAUAUCGAAAAAAAAUUUAUCUUGGUAUUUUGUGCAUUUUUAAGACGAAAUAAGAAAACUGCCUAACUUUUGAAUUUGCAUAAAAAUUACAUAAAUUGAAAAUUCGCAAAAAUACGUAUAAAAAUCGCAUAAAAAGAGACUUGAGGUAAACAAGAAUCACGAUUGGUCAAAAAACGAUUUUCACGGAUGAUACACUUUUUGCGUUGUGGGUUCGAGUGAAGCGUGUCUGGUUGGGAAACAAUACCGAUUUCAGUUCACUAUCAAAUAUUUAAUAAAAUUUAAUGUCUAAGAAUGUUUCUCACUAUUCUUGAAGCUCUUCGCGCAGAGUUUGAAUUCAGCGAAAAUGGUAAAAAUUAACAAACGAACCCUUAUGAAGUCUACCGAGAAGAUGUUUGAAUCUAAUAAUAUAAAUUGGAUCAUCAUUCAAAAAAAAAAAAACUCGAAGUGGUUUUUCUGACACACCUGAGCGGAAGAAAUUGACAUCACCAUUCAGUAAGAUGGUGACUGACCCUCACAAUUUCCCAAAGCAAACGCAAUCGAAAAUGUUUGGGCCGUCAUGAAGAGCGAACUGUGUCUAGUGUACAUGUACGGUAUGCAUGCAUGAAUGCUUGUUCGCAAUUCAAGGUCGCUUUCUUAAAAGAUUCGGAAUGGUUAGUUUUCUGUUGCAUCAGGAUUCAAUGAAAACUUUUUGGUGAAAGCUUUUUCAGUCUACACUUAGCAGGGGAUAGGUAUUGCUUCAAAAACCCGUGAUUUCAGGAAUUCACUUAAAAAUCGCUUAACCUUGAAAAUUCACAUAAAAAAUCGAAAUUUAAAACUUUUUGUGACGUCGGAUGUCUUAGAAAUGUUGAAAUCGUCGAAUUAUGCUGUCAAUUCUGGAAAGAAAGUUUUUCAAAAAUUCGACUCGGGGAUUCUGGUUCUUAAAAAUCAUGUCAUCGUUUCACGCAUUUCUAAAACAUCUAACUUAACAGUUUUCAAUUCCAACUCCAAUCUUAUCAAUAAAAAAUUUUCCUAGUCCCAGAGUCGAUUUUUAUUUGUUUUUUGUUCGAGAAAACACCAAAUCUCUACGAUAAACUGAAAUCUUUUUUACACGGGGAUAUAUGUAUCGCACAAAAACAAACCGAACAAAUCUAUAGGAAUUUUAUUUUUGUUACCAAAUAUCAGAAAUUCAUGAAACGUCGAGAUCUUGUAUUAUCUCAAUAGAAAUUAAUUUGAAAAAAAAGGAAUCUGGGACCUAGAACAAUUUUAAGAUUUCCGAAAGCGAUUUUUUAAUGCCAAAUGUCUUAGAAAUGCAUUAAACGUCGAGAAAAAAAACGAAAUCUGAAAAAUAUCGAAGCGUCAAUAAAAUUUCGGGAUAAUACCUGAUCUCGACGCUUCGUACAUUUCUAGGACAAAACGAGAAAACCGCAUAGCUUCAAAAAUUCGCAUAAAAACGCGUAUGUAAUCUCUGAAAUUCGUGUAAAAACGCGUAGCUUCGGAAAUCGAUGUUAAAAAGACCUCAGUGUGCUUGAAUUUCAAAGAUAUUUGACAUAAAAAUCUAAAUUGCGUUUAAAAAAACAACUUCGAGAAUUCGCAUAAAAACUCUUAAUUUCGGAGUUUCGUAUAAAAAAAUCGCAUCAAAAAAGACUAGAAGAAUUAUUUGAAUACAAUGAGGUCUGAAAAAAAAAUUUAUACCGAAGAUCUUAGAAAUGUAUGAAACGUCCAGAUCUGGUGUAAUAACAAAAAUGUCUUGAAAAAAGUAGAAUUUAGGACUUUUUUUUUAUUCAAUAGUAACAUAUUUGAAGGCACACUGCUUAAGCUCUUAGAUGCCAAGGGCAUUUUCUUAUUUUAAAUAAAAACUAACUUAAAACUAACUUAGGGUAGUGGCGAAUUCCGGUCGCAAUGGUCGAUUCUGCAGAUUCAGUCUGCAGCUGGCGAUCGGCAAUGGUCGGUGGAUUAAAUAUGGCAUUAGUUUCUUCCAGAUGACGAUUAUACGUUUCAAUGGGUCCGCGGGAAAUUUAGGACUUGAACAAUUUUAAGAUUUCCGGAAUCACUUUGGGAGAGAAUUUGAGACCGCGUAACUUUGGAAAUCCGCGUGAAAGAAAACGCAAAACAAGCAAUUUUUGUUAAUGCCAAAUGUCUUAAAAGUGCAUGAAACGUUCAAAUCUGGUGUAAUUUCGGGAAAUUUUUUUGAAAAAAUCGGCUUUGGGACUUUUGAGAUUUUGAGGUUUUAAGAUUUCCGAAAUCGAAUUUUAAUGUGGAACAUAUUUUUGUUUUCUAUAUAGGGGUGCAAAUUAGAAACUCAAGAAAAAUACACGUAGAAAUGUGGUCAGGUUUUGAACAAUUACAGCUCAGUAAAUUUUGUAUCAAUUAUUAAUAUCAUGUCACCAUUUGAUUGGAAACAUUUCUACGUAUUGAUUUGAAUGUUCAGUCAUGUAUUUUUAAAUUGUAUAUCAUUGAAAUGUUGAUUAAUAGCUAGCAGUGUCCUAUUUUGUCUGCAAAAAAUCUCCGGCAUACCGGAUUUCCCUGCCAUUGUGGACGGUUUUGAAGGAGUUAGCGAUAUAUCAAACGGAAAGCAGCGCUCUGAUGGGUAAAUCAUUGCAAAAGCGAAGCUGUUUGGAAGCACGCGAAAUAAAUAUAAGCAAAAUUAUAGCUAACAUUUCAGUCAUACACGUAGCUUGCUAGAGGUAGGUUGAUGCUAGACAGCACGACAAAAAGUGCCAUAAAACGAUUUGAAGCUUUAAUUGGUAUGCUCUGAUCUUGCAUGACAGCUCGGAUGAUAUUCCAUGUUAUGUCGUUUCACCUGAGAAAUUGACAACUACCCCAGAGUAAAAUUUGGAUGUAUAAGAUUAAUUUCUAAUUUAUAAAAGAUAAACUCGGUUGAUGAUGAGAAAAAGUUGAUCGCUUCAACCGAAAUCGCAGAAUGGUAGAGAAACGCUAUAAAAAUAACUCCUUGCAUACAAAACUUGAACACAAGCUUGGCGAAGAGAAGCUUAAAUAUCGAUAUCUGUAUCGCAAGCAUGUACAAACAUAUAAUUGCAUACAUUUGGACCAUUGAUGUAAUAUCAUCGACUACAAAACAAAUACAAAUCACGACAAUGGGGACGGGUAUAGCGUGAUGAGUAAGUCGAUGCCUUUCACACAGCCCGCCUGGGUUCGAUCCCCAACCCCCCGCACAUAGGGUCAGAAAGUUAUUCUGGCCCGAAGAGGUGAAUGACAUUAAUGUUAAAGCCUGUAUAAUAAAAACAAAAAAAAAUCACGGCAAAUAUAGUCUAUAUUUCUGGGUUCGCGUGUUCGGUGUUGGUUCCUAAAAAAGACUAAGCAGACUCUCGUGCAUUUGCGGAUUCAAAGUGUGACGAUUAAUUGAAAAUGUCGAUCAUUAGAAAUUUUGGUUGCCUUGUUCCACAUCAAUGGCUCGAACAACCCCAUGGGGCUGAUCCUUGUAGUUUUUGUCGUGAAUACGACUUACUUUACUAUGGGGUGCCUUUUCAAAAUUUACCCUCUGAGAGAAUGAUAAGUUUUUGAUCGUGAAUAUCUCUUGUGGUAUCUAACGGAUCAACAUAAUUUUUGCUACACGCCAUCGGAAAUAUGAUCACAAUUUUAUGAUAAAAUGUUCAGUUUUGUGACAUAAUUUCAAAUAAUUCAAAAUUAAACUUUUCUGAAAUGUUUGGUAUAAACGAGUAUCGAAGAGGAUAAUCCAUAGGGCGCGUUCGCCUUGCUCGUAUUUUCAAGCUCAUAGCUCAGUGAUCUGUGAAAGGAUUUAUAUAAUCUAACUACUAUUAGAAUUGAAAUUUUUCAACUUAAACGUGUAUAGCAAAAAUAUUGAAGUAUUUCAAUAGUACACUAUUGAAAAACCUGUCUCAUUUGACCCAUGUCAACACCAGCCAAUCAGAACGCGUUCUGAUGAAGAGAACAAAAUAUCUGCUGCUGUACAACAAAUCGUUCGAGAAAAAUGUUCCGAAAAGUGUUGAAUAUCGUAGUGAGUUCCACAAUCUGGUCCUUCUGAAAGUCAGGAAUGUCCCGUACAGUAUCCUGAUAGUUUCUUUCAAUGAAAUGCAAAUCCGAAAUGAAAUAAUCGACAUUGAAAUUCUGUAUGCAACUAUUUUUAUAGCCAUUAGGACCGCUCAUUAGUGAAAAAGCUACAAACGAAAUCACGUAAAAAGGAAGCUCUUAACAAAAAUUGGAUCAGUUUGGAUUCUAUUGCCACUGCGAGCAGAUGCGUUUUGUGUCGUUUGCAAAGCUAGUUUCGCUUCCGACAAGAGCGAUUACGUCACAGCUGCCAGUCAUUUGCAUUGGUGAAAAAGAAACGGUGGAGAGCCGUUCUAAUGGCUCUAAAAGUUUUCUAAAGAACUAUUAGGAUUUCUUGCUCGCAAAUCGAAGGAAAAUAUCCUCAGUUUAGUGCAAAUCUAGAACUGUUUGAUUUGAUUUUUGCACUUUUCGCUGUGUGAAAUUCACAGUAAUCUAGACUAGAUCAAGUGAAGCCUUUUUUGUUUUUGCGAAAAAUGCGGAAAAGGGGGAUGCUUGCAUAAUUCAUACAAUUGAUCAACUAAUUGAUAUACGGAAGUGUUAAGGAACAUGUCAGUUGUUUUCGCAUUCACGACAUCCAGUUAUGUCUCUGACAUUACCCACCCGCCUUUUUCUAAUGUCAAAUGUCUUAGAAAUUUAUGAAACGUCAAGAUCGUGGUGUAAUCUCAAAUAAAAAUUUCUAAGUGUCAGAGAGUUGCUUUAAAAAUUGUCGGGAUAACACCAGAUCUCGACGUUUCAUGCAUUUCUAAGACAAAACAAAAAAAACGGAUAACUUUGAAAAUUCGCAUGAAAAACCCCGUAACUUUGAAAAUCCGCGCAAAAAACGCGUAGCCUCGGAAAUCCGUCACCUUGUUUGUGUGAAAAACUGUAGAUCUAAUGGUUGGACAUUCUUUGAAGAAAGUGAAACCGUAGGGGAGUAAAAAUAGUACCAUGACGACUGUGUACGGCGUUACUCUGUACAGUUAGUCUUACCUUUUUCGCAACUCGUCUUUUGUAGACUUAGGACGGAAUCAUCCUCGCUCGAAAUUACCAAAAGUAGACUUCUCCAGUCUCGAUUAUGAAGGAUCUGCUUAGCGGUUCAAAAUAAACUGCCGAGUUGUGCAAUAAGUAGUUCAAUUUGAACUGCUAUUCGCUGAUGAGCCUAAGUCGAAAUGUAAACAGGAAAAAAACCGAAUAUGAUUUUAUUCGUUGAAUUAUUUCUUGUUUUCAUUCAUCGGCUAAUCGCUAGAUUUGCAAUAUUAUUCUGCAGAAUUUCUGGCUUUUAAAAACCCACAAGGCAGCCAUAUUGGGCCUUCAUUAUUUCUGUUUCAUUUCAAUCGCCUUUUGGAGUCCGCAGCACCGAAAACACACAUUCGACAGAAGUUCAUGGAUAUUUACUAGCUGAUGUCCUAAAUCCAAAAGCUUCUAUUUUCUGCAGGUUUUGCAAAUGGUACUUGAAAUCCUCCACGAGCUCAAAUCCGGAUGCAGUUCUCCCACUUUUCAUUGUUCCGUAAUUCAAUAUUCAAAUCUGACUGAAUCUGACUCACUUCCAAUUACCCAUUACCACAACCCCCCAGUUCUAUGCAUGGCUUCGUAGUAAUUUAAUAGUUCAUAAAUGAAUACCGAUUCAACUCGGAUGAAAACAAAAAAAAAUACAAAAAACAAAAUGCAAUGAAAUCCAAUCUGCAGUUGCUGUAGCGCAGAGAGUGCAACUUUAGUGAGACUCGGUAGUUGUGAAAAGAAUCUCGUUUGUCUCGUAGGACAAGCGUAGUUUAAAAUGGGUCCUAGGAAACCAAAUCCACUUUAGGUGAUAUUGAAUCAAUCGAAAUUGCGAAGUUGUCCGAACACGUUUAGAGAGUGGCACAACCGUAGAGAGUACGAAUCGUAGAAACCUAAAGGUUCUAACAGAAACCAAACUAAUAAAUGUUAUCAUAUUGAGAGCAACUAUAUUUAAAAUUUAAAUGAUUCGUUUGAUACUGCGAGAUUAUUUAUACAGACGAAGAAUAACAAUAAAAUAAAAAAAAAAUAACACAGAAUUGUAUUUGAAAUUGUAUACCGUAUUUGUCAAUAAAGUUUAGUAUAGACUUAA